UCACUGUUAGCUCCAGGGACAGAGAGGAGGGGCAAGGCAGCAUCACCUCUGGGCACCUCUUCCUAUAUCAGCUUCCUCCAGAAUCCUGCAGCUUCCAUCUUCGAUCCAGAUGCACAGAAAUAAGGGAAAGUCUGAGUAUGUGGGUCUAACAGCUCUUUCUGACAACUGCUCGAGAGCAGUGGGGCUUUUAUCCUAGCCAACAUGAUGGAAGCUGUUUCUCCUCAUUCUUCACAGGUACAAGAACAGGAAAUCCAUCUUCUGGUUCUGCAGAAAACUAUCCAAGGACUGGGCUGACUGUCGAUGUCUAUCCACUGCCAUCUCCAGAGAAGAUUUUCAGAUGACUGGAAAGAAUAGAAGGGCCCUGGCAGCUGAGCUCCAUUGCACUCCUCAGAUGUUUAACAUAGCAGAACUUAAAACCAUCUGAAAACUGCUGAUAAACACGUCCUCCAUCCACAUUUCUGCUGGGAUACCCCCAACCUUCAAGGAAAGUCUGGGUGGCCAGGAAGAUGGGCUUCUCGUUGCUUAAGCAACUGAAUUCACCACGCAGAAUGGAGCUAUGGAACUCCACUGUCGGACGUGACUUCAUCUUGGUGGGGAUUCUGAAUGACUGUGCAUUUCCUGAACUGCUCUGUGCCACAAUCACAGUCCUGUACAUGUUGGCCUUGAUCAGCAACAGCCUGCUGCUCCUGGUCAUCACCAUGGAUACCCGGCUCCACGUGCCCAUGUACCAGCUGCUCGGGCAGCUCUCUCUCAUGGACCUCCUGUUCACAUCAGUUGUCACACCCAAGGCCCUUGUGGAUUUUCUGCGCAGAGAAUACAUCAUCUCCUUUGAAGGCUGUGCUCUGCAGAUGUUCCUGGCACUGACACUGGGUGGUGCAGAGGACCUCCUGCUGGCUUUCAUGGCCUAUGACAGGUAUGUGGCCAUUUGUCAUCCUCUGAACUACAUGGUCUACAUGAGACCAAGGGUCUGCUGGCUCAUGGUAGCCACAUCCUGGAUUCUGGCUUUAUUGAGUGCCCUAGGAUAUACCAUAUACACAAUGCACUAUCCCUUCUGCAAAGCCAGGAAAAUCAGGCAUCUUCUCUGUGAGAUCCCACCCUUGCUGAAGUUGGCCUGUGCAGAUAGCUCCAAGUAUGAGCUCUUGGUGUAUGUGAUGGGUGUGACCUUUCUGAUUCCCCCUCUUGCUGCCAUAGUUGCCUCCUACACUCUCAUCCUAUUCACUGUGCUCCACAUGCCCACAAAUGAGGGGAAAAAGAAAGCGCUUGUCACCUGCUCUUCCCACCUGACAGUGGUGGGCAUGUUCUAUGGAGCUGCCACUUUCAUGUACGUUUUGCCCAGUUCUUUUCACAGCCCCAAACAGGACAACAUCAUCUCUGUUUUCUACACGAUUGUCACUCCAGCCCUGAACCCCCUCAUCUACAGCCUGCGGAAUAAGGAAGUUAUGGGGGCCUUGAGAAGGGUCUUGGGAAAACACCCGGUGCUGGCACACUUCACCCUUUAGGGAAGGCCCAUGUAAUGUUUCCGAAAUUCAUUCCUCCUCAAACUAAGAAACUCUCUGCUGUACA